AUGCAGCUGGCCAAGUUCUUCUCUCACCGUUUGGAGUCUUACAAGGAGCUCACUUGUGAGUUUUUGGCUUCGCUGAGAUACCAUGAGUACGACGAGCUCCAAAGAGUUUGGGCCACAAUAGCUGAAGGGAAUUACUCUUCUCCAAGGUCCAAGGCUGCUCUGAUCAGGAGCCCAGUGCUGAGGUACGUGCACAAGGCACUAGCCAACACCUUCUUCGCAAGGAAAGCCACAGGAACGAUCAAUGAAGGAGAGGUUAAGCUCCUUACCAUGGGGAUUAAACCCAUCAUCUCACGCACAAGUGAUGGGACGAGGAUCAGAGGUGAUAGAGCACACUCAGGGAAUCUCAUACCUUUGCUAGAUCAGCUCCUGUCCUACAGCACAACAGCCUACAACACUCGCCAUCAAAAGGGAAGAAGGCUAAGUGUUGGAGGGAUCAUCACACCCAUCCUCUGUGCAGCUGGGGUACAGUUAAACAAGAAGAAGGCAACUCCAGCUGGAUGGAUGGACAUCAAGUUCUGCAAGACCAACCUCCUCAUUGAGCACAAGGAAUUGGAUGGAAAAUACCAAUUUAAGUUCACCCAUCCUUUGGCUGGCCCCUCCAAGCUUCUUCUGCCCAACCCCGAGCUCACCACGGUUCUAGGAGGUACAAACAUUGACUUCAGGCACCCUGUGUACACUUUGAUUGGGCAUGAAGCGGAUUUGCAAGAAGAAGAGCCCGAGCUCGAUCGAGCUGAGGAUCGAGCUGAGAUUCAAGCUGAAGAUCGAGUCCAGGAGAGUGCAGAUUUGGGUGAGCCUGAGUGCUAUUAUUUUGAGGAGUAUGAGGCUCCAAGGAUGAACCCCUAUGUUUUGGCUGCUAACAAGAGGAUUGGACUUCUCCAAAAGUUCAACAAAUGGCAAGGGAAAGCCAUUGAGAAGAUGGAAAAGUCCAUGGACAAGAUGGUGAGCAAGAUCAAAAGCUUGGAGAGGAAAGUUUCUGGUUCUUCAAGCAAGAAGAAGAAGGGACCCAUGGCCCCCACUUUCCCUAGGAGUAGGUCACUCCUCACCACUCAAAGGAGGCUCUCCACGCAAGAGCCUCACAGAGCCUCUUCUUUCGAGCCAAGGGAAGGAGAAGACAACACGCAGAGAAGGAGGAAGACUUCCAAGGCCAGCUCCAGCUCGACCACCGGACUCGAUCGAGUCCUAACUCAACUCGAUCGAGCUGAGGGUCGAGUUGACCUGGAGGAGCCCCUGUUUGAGAACCCUGGAUUCGAGUACGAUCAAACGCAAAACCAGGACUUCUCCCAGACCAACUGGACCCCCUACAACAGCUUCCAGCAAGCACAGCUCCUCCAAGGCCAAGGAGCCACACCCACUUUGAAGAUGAAGAAGAAGAAGAGGAGGAGCCGCAAGCUCGACCGAGUGAGGCAAUCCCAGUUGCAUGGAGCGCUCCUGAUGGCCGUCUACCAUCUCCAGACCACGACUUUCCCAGUUCUUUGGGGGGCACUGAGGUACCCAAUGGCAAAGACAAAAGGAGGUGAAGCCAUGAAGAAGAAGAAAGAUCCAUAUAUGCUACCACCAAGGAAACAAAUCAAACUAGGGAGUAGUAGCUCCAAUGCAAGAGCAGCAAUACCAACAUCACCACAUUCCAUUGAUGCAAGUCAAGAACAUGUGGAGAGUCCAAGAAGAGAAGAAGAUUGGGCACUUGUAAGCUUUGUUGGAGGACAAAUCCAAGACCAAAGAGAUUGCAAGAAGGCAAUGGAGAAGGUGAACAUAGAACCUUGUGUGAAGAUGGACACCCCAACCCUUGAACUUCUCAAGAUAAGAGAUGAUGUCACAUGGUAUCUAAGGAAGCUUGGCUUGAGCAAGCUAUUCAAGAUAGAGUGCAGCGAGCACUCAAUGCUAACCAAGGAGUUCCUCUCCACAGUAGCUCUUGCCUUUCCCAACAACAAUGGAGACCAACCAGCUGGUGAUGAACUCCUAUUCUUCAAGAUAGGCGAUGCCAAUGGGCGCAAGCCAAUCCCUUUGGAUCUCCAUGCUCUUCAGCAAAUCCACUUCCUAAACCAUAUCCCAAGCCUACGCUCAGGUGUUGUCACUUUCCAGCCCAAGGAGGAAGACUUCUAUGUUCCAUCAAGUGAGAAACCAUCAUUCCCCAUCCUCACCUAUCCCACACUUCAGCGCACAGUCAAAGCUCAACGCCGCCACCAAGAACGCCAUGUUCUCACCACUGGCAUGGCCGUGAACCAAGCUCUAGACCGUGUGAGCAAGCUGGAGAAGAUCGUGGAGUGCCAAUCUCGUUUCAUCUCACGCCUAGUUGAUGCAAGCUGGGUUUGUCUUCAAGUUUUACCCACCUUAAGUACCUGCAAGUGCACAGCAACAAGGUAA